AUGGCCCCUGUUACCCGAAGAACCGCUUCCGCGAUCUCUGGAAAUGCUAGUGGAGAAGAGAAUCCACAAGUGUUGCCUGGGGCCGAAAAUGUUGUAGAUAAGAAUCCGGCUGAUGGAUCUCAGGGAUCUGCAGCAGAUUCACCUGCUACUGAUUCUGGGGAUAACAUUAACCAAGGAGUUAAUGAGUCCCUUUCUGGGCCCCCAGGGGCCUCUGGUGGUGAUAAGGUCCUUUGGAAAGAUCAAAGUGGGAACUUGCUUGUUGAUACUGCGGCUAAGGAUAAUGCUGGCGAGAACAAGGAUACUGAGUCCAGUGGUUUGUCUUCCUCGAGUGAUGAGAAUCCCACGGACGAAUCUGGUGAAGCUCUUUUGAAAACGCCCGCGCCGUCGGUCACACCUGGUCCGGCUCCCCCGAACACCCCUAUUGACUUGGAUGAUGGGGUGGGUGCUGGUGAUCAGGCCAAUGCAUUGAAAGAUAAGGAGGUGCCAAAAAAUGUGGCUGGGCAUGUUGCGGGGGGCGGCACUGAUGUCUCAACUAACGGUGCGGGAGCGUCUGCCCUUGGCACUGGUGAAUCUGGCAACAUGGGCUCCACCAUCCCCACGCUCAAGCCGGAGACCCCGUUGGAUGAAGUCAAAGACCUUCACAAGAGCUACUCUUUGACUAAAGCGGCGAUUGAGGCCUCAAUAGCUUCUCACGUUUCGGAGACUUCGCCAUUGCUCAAAAGCUUUGCUGAGACUUUCCUGAAGGGGUUGAAUGCCUUCUUGGACGAGUGCAGCUCUAGGAUUGCAAAGGCCGAGACCGAGGGGAUCAGCCUUAUCGAGAUGGUUGAUUUGACGUUGGACGAUACUGACAUUGAAAAGAUCAAGGCGCCCAAGAGGAAAAGGACUGGUUUGGAUUCUUUGAAGUUCAACAAGUUUCCUCGAUUAAACACGGCAGCCGAUGGUCCAUCCGACAGACAUAUGUCUGAUUCUGAACCAGAGGGGCUUUUUGGCUCUCGUUCCCCUACGCCCCUGCCUGCUGGUCAAGCUCCCAAGAAGAAUCUGGCACGUGUGGAGUCGGCUGUCUCUCAAUCGUCUACGGCGGCUCAUGGGGCUCAGUCUCAGACAUCAACAGGCCCACCCGGUUCGCAGGCACCUCAUCCUCAUUCGUCUCAGUCUCAGUCUGCGCCAGCACCAUCUCAAUCUCAACCUCCAGCCUCUCAAGCUACGACGGUCGAGACUUCUCAGGAUGGGGAAAAAACUUGGAAGAAGGUUCCUGAGAGGUUCACAGACCCCCUUUCUUAUCAAGAAUUUAUUGUGGAGAAGAAUCAGUUUGUGCUAGCACUCGACAUCUCGGCUAUGAAGCAUACAAUUUCUAACUUGAAGAAAAACGUCCGGGACAUCAGCGAGAAUAUCCAUGGCCACAUUGCGAAAAUAAUCGGUCACAAUGUCAAAUUCUACCUCGAGCACGGUGGUUACAAGGUCGGCAGCUUCAAGUUGAAGACGACUUCGCCGGAGUUGGUUGCCUUGUGUUCCAUGGCUUGCACAAAGGAGUUUCAGUCGGUUAUUAGGGCCUGCCCCCGUCUGAUCCAGCUGGAGGGGAACGAUCCUUUCUAUCAGUCAGGCGUCUUUAACUUCAAGACAAUAAAGGAACUAAGGACGUUUGCGGAGGCCAAGGAAACCGAGGGGUCUUGGAAGGCUCUGUUGACUAUGAUGUGUCGCUCGGCAGAUACGACCUCGGAGACGUAUUUCAAAGAUGAGCACGGUAUCAAGGCGUCGGUUAACCGUGUUCAUGCUCUUGUUGAGCGAUGCAUGGACCCACUCCAGAGUCACGUGGAGCCAACAAUCGACUCCACCAGCCCCCACGGUGGGUUUGAGCAGGCCCUGCAAUUUAUUGCAAAGAAGUGCGAGAUCCUUGGCGUCGGUGCGAACUCGACUUCCGGCUCGAAGGGAAACGGUCUUCAGUUCCUUCAAAAGCGGAUUUGGGAGACCCUCAUGGGGGUUCUCCUAAUGAAUUACAUGAACUAUCGGGAGGUUCAAACAAAGAAGAUUGCGCAAGAUGCGAACAUUGCGGCGGUUAAGGGGAAGGGCAUCGUCAAGAAGGACAUAGAGCUGAAGGAUCUCUACAAGAAUAUCGGGUUGACGAUGACGACGGCUCAAUGGGGGAAAAUGCGGCAGGGUGCUCUGGGCGCGGCUUCUAUCUUUCUGGCUUUUGGUCCGGUCGGUUGGUUUGGUUGUUUUGCUGAUACCAACAAAUUCAACCUGAAGAGUGUCUACGGGAUGAUCAACUUGGCUCGUCACAAGUCUGAUUGGAUCACAAAGUCCUCCCCUGCCAGUCCUGCGCCUCCUGAAGACUACAAAUCCAGCUCGGCUUGGUCGAACAUCUCGGCGCUCACAUAUUCCUGUCUCGAGUCCUUUGAAUACCAUCUCGAUGAAUCGGAGCGGACCGAGUAUCUGGACUGGUCUACUCUAAUUAAGGUGUGGAAUGAUAAGCUGACUAAUGAAGUGGUUUCUCAAGCGGCUCUGAUUGAUGUGGCUUCGGAGAUUGCAUCCCCCGGGAAGUCCCUAUCUUGGGAGGGGGUGCCAGCUAAGGAUGUCAUUAUCAGGCAGGGUUUAGUGUCUGAAUCCUUUCGCCUUGAGUGGGAGGACGGGCUGCGACUAGGCAUGGAUCUACCGGCCAUCGUACGACCGGAGGGGGCAACUUCGAAGAAGGCUUUCAAGAAGAAGAGGGUGCGCAACGUUACCGAGAAGGAGUUGGAGAAGGCGCGCCAGGCUCUCUUGAAGGAGAUUGAUCAGGAGUCCUUGGCCGAUGAUGAAGAGCAGGAUGAUGGGAGAGAUGACGAGGACGGUGGUGCAGAGGAGCGUGCACGUAAAAAGGGGGAGUCAUCCUUCAUCUUGAAUAGUGUUGGUGUCUCUCAAUGA